GAGACGUAGAGGCGGCCAUGGCGGGGCAGCGGCCGGGCGUCUUCCCGCUGCUGGUGCGGGGCGACUGGGGCGCGACCGAGCCGCCCCCCGCCCUGAGGAAGAAGCUGCUCUGCUACUUCCAGAGCCAGAAGCGCUCGGGCGGCGGCGAGUGCGAGCUGCGGGUCGCGACCGGGACCGGGACCGGGACCGGGCACCUCCUCGUCUGCUUCGCUCACCCCGAGGUGAGGCAGCGCGUGCUCGACCGGCGGGUCCAUGAGCUCGACUGGGGGCCCAGAGGGCGGCUGUCGCUGCUCGUCACCGAGCUGCCCGCGGACGGCGACCCCGCGCAGGAGCUGGGCCGGGCCGGCGGGGCCGAGGCGCCAGUUAAUGAACCCCAGGUGUCCCUUCCCACCUGCCAGAAUAAGGAGACUUCUGUGUGUACUCAGCAGGAGAAGACAGAAUCAUGUAAGAAAUUGGAAGCAGAAAAAGCAACCUCUAGGAAAUCUGUCAUAGUAGUAACCACUGCCUCUGGAGAGGAAAUAGAAGAUGAGAUUGUGGAAAUGUACUUUGAAAAUAAAAAGAAGUCCGGUGGGGGGGCCAUCAAGUCUUACAUCAAAAAGGAUCAGCAAAUAAUCAUCACCUUUCAGGAUGAGGAAGAUGCCCAAGAAGUUUUGCAAAGGGAGCAUCACUCGGUGAAGAAAAUUGAUCUGUUCGUGAAGCCAUGGCAAGUGGAGACUCUCCAGGAGCCAUGCCAAGUGGAGGACUCUCAAGGAUCCCUGCCUUCCACCAUAGUUGUGCUUGAAAAUGUGCAGGAGACAGUGAAAGAUUGCAUGUUAAUUAUGCUGGUAGAGAACAUCAGUGGCUUGUCAGAGGAUGAUGGUGACUUCAGUGUGGAAAUGAUACCUGAAAUACGUGCUGCUGUAGUUACUUUUACUGGAAAUAUUGCUGCAGGGGAAUUUGCUAAAAAGCUUAAUCAAAACCACAGAGCAAAGCAACAAAAUAUUACUGCACGGUGCCUUGAGCUAACAAAAAGUGUUAGGGCUGAAAAUGUACCACCUAACACCCCCAGUGACUAUAUAACCGUCUACUUUGAAAAUAAGAAGAAUGGAGGUGCACAAGUGGUGGAUGUUCAGCAGCUGCCCGAUGAAGAUGCAGCUAUCAUUACAUUCAAUGACCAUAAAGAUGUAACCAAUAUCUUGGCAAAGCAGCAUUCACUCAACAAAACACCUAUCUCUGUCUAUCCUUACUACAUCUCGCUGGGAACAGCUCUAUAUGGAAAGGAAGGGCCACAAAUAAAGAAGCCAGAUCCAAUUACAGUGCAUCUGGAUCUGUAUAUCUGGUAUUACUUGCAAGGAAAUAAUAAGCUAACUGAGGCAAUAAGUUGUGAAAUGGCAAAGUGUAAUUGUGUGCUAACAUGGCCUGAACCGCGCUGUGCAGACCCGAAAGUUACUUUGCAUCCUUCAGCUGCUUUAUUUGAGCAGAAGAGGUUAGUAUCUCGAUUGAUCAAGACAUGGAAUAAAAACGUUUCCACAGCAUUUUCGUGUUGCAUAUCGAAGUACAAAGCAAUUAAAUGUCAAGUAAGUGCAGAGGUGUGGGAAGCCGUUAGAAACAGCUUUACCCAUGAUGAAGUUCUGACAAUCCCAUGUAUUUCCAAGGGUUUACUUGUUCUAGUAGGUGAAAAUGAAGUUGUGAAGAAUGUUGAACAAGAACUGAAGUUUCUGAUAGAAAAGGCCACCAGAGAAAUUGAAAGAGAAAAGCAAAAAACUGAAGAAGUGGUGGCAAUGUGUCCAGGGGAAUAUGCAAUUUUACAGAGUACUGGUCUUGAAGAAAAAAUUCGUAUGGAGUUCCCAGCCCUGCAGAUAACUUACGAUCAUUUGCAGAAGAUCAUUAACCUAUGUGGAGUGCCUGAGGAAGUUUAUAAAGUAAAAGGGGAAAUAUUAGAUAAUAUACGCAAAAUGGCAAAGAAAACAGUUAAUAUCCACCCUUAUAUUUUCCAGUUUUUAGAGCAUAUUGAUAAUGAAACCCUGUCACAGACCCUGUUUAUGUCAAAACAAAUUAGUGCCUUUUAUGAGCUUGGCACAGAAGCUGUCAUCUUGAAAGGGAGUGCUCCUGAAGAUCUCCUAAAAGCAGAAGAAGAAAUAAAGAAGGAACUGGUCUACAAAAGCAUUACUUUGGAGGAUGAGUCAGUCCUCCAGAAGAAGGAAUGGAGGAUGCUCACCAAGCGAAACUGCUCUACUGAAGCUGUAACAGUCACUCAAGCAGAGAGUCAAGUCAUCAUUGCUGGUUGUUCUGAAGCAGUAGCAAAAGCCUUUGAGGAACUUUUUGACUUUAUAGAUGAAAACACGCAAGUACAAAAGGUCAUCGGAGGAAAGCCCAUGGCGGUCAUAAUCUUUUUUGAGAAAGAGAAGGCCAAUGUUUGGGGUGACUUACAGACUAAAGGUGUGAAAGUUGACUUUAGCACACAGAAGAAUUGUAGAGUUAUAUCCUUGAGUGGGCCGAGAAGAGAAGUGCUAAAGGGAGUCACCUUAGUUGAGCAAAUUCUGUCUGGCCUGCAUUAUAAGCGUGUGGUAAUUAGAGAGCCAGGAGCCGAGUCGUAUUUCAAAGAACGAGAACACUUUUUUGCCGCCACUGUGAAACAAGACUUUAAGUGUCUAGUCAGGCUGGAAGAGCAGUCAGAAGAACAGCUGGAAGAACAGCAAGAACAUAGUAAUAUAGGCAAGCCCUAUAGGCAGGUGACCGCAGGUGGAAUUGUAAUAGCUGUUUAUAAAGCUGACUUGUGCACUCAUCCUGUUGAUGUUGUGGUAAAUGCAUCUAAUGAAGACUUAAAACACAUCGGUGGCCUGGCUGAGGCACUGUUAAAAGCAGCUGGUCCAGAGCUGCAACAGGAGUGCGACGAGCUGGUGAGGAAGAACGGGACUUUGCAGCCUGGGUGCGCAGUUAUCACAGGCGCUGGGAAACUCCCCUGCAAGAACAUCAUUCAUGCUGUUGGGCCCAGGUGGAGGAAGGAUGAAGCAGAAAAGUGCGUGUACUUGUUAAGAAGGACAGUGAAGAAAAGUCUGCAACUAGCUGAAACAUUUAAUCAUUGUUCCAUAGCUCUGCCUGCUAUAAGCGGAGGGAUUUUUGGCUUCCCACUGGAACUGUGUACGUAUUCAAUUGUAUCCUCCAUCAAGGAGACCUUGGAAGAAUCCAUGGGGGACAGCAGCUUGAAGGAGGUUCAUCUUGUGGAUAUUGCACACAAUAACAUUGAGGCUUUCAGCAAGGCACUGAGAGAAGUGUUUUCAGAUCAUUCCUACAGGUCACUGCAUCAGACCAGUACAGUUAAUCAGCCUAGGAAGAGCAAAAUUUCUCAAAAUAUCAAGAACUUCCCAUUGGUUACAACUGAGGAAGGCCUUGACAUCAUGCUGAAAAAAGGAAGCAUUGAAGAUGCUACAACAGACAUUGUUGUCAUCAGUGUUGCCAAAGAUCUCCAGCUUGGUAAAGGGCCACUCUCUAAAGCUUUGCUAAGCAAGGCAGGGCCAAUGCUUCAGACGGGCUUAAAAGAAGAAGGCAUAGGAAAAACGCCCGAGGAAGGAUCUGUGUUGAAAACAAAAGGUUACAAUCUAGGUUGCAGUGUUGUGCUUCAUGCUGUUGUACCUGCAUGGUCCCAGAGACAUGCAUCUCCAAAGAUCUUGGGCGACAUCAUCACAAAAUGCCUGGAGAUUGCUGAGGAACUAUCUUUAAAGUCAAUUACUUUCCCAGCGAUUGGGACAGGGAAUUUAGGAUUCCCAAGGUCUGUUGUUGCAAAAUUACUGUUUGACAAGGUGUUUGAAUUCAGUAGUAAAAAUGGAGUAAAUUCUCUUGAGGAAGUUCACUUUCUAUUGCAUCCAAAAGACACAGCUAAUAUUCAGGAAUUUUCAGAUGAACUUGAGAACAGGUGUGGAAAUACUGUAGAUGUUAAAGUGCAGAAUACUUCUCCAAAUAAGGCUAGCAAAGGCACAGCUUUCUCUGGUACCUCUUCCACCCCAGCACAGAAUGUACAUGAAAUGAAGAUUGGCUCCAUCGUGUUCCAGGUGGCAGAAGGCGAUAUUACCAAGGAAGGAGGAGAUGUCAUUGUAAACAUAACAAACCAAACCUUCAGCCUCAAAACAGGUGUCUCUAGAGCAAUUCUGAACGGUGCUGGAAAAGCAGUUGAAGAUGAAUGUGCUCAACUAGGCUCACAAUCUAACAAGACCUUUAUCACCACCCAAGCAGGAAGCCUGCCAUGCAAAAAAAUAAUUCAUUUUGUUGCCCAAGAUGAUAUCAAGGUGCUAGUCUCCAGAGUGCUUCAGGAGUGUGAAUUACAGCAGUACACCUCUGUCGCCUUCCCAGCAAUUGGAACAGGUGAGGCAGGCCGUGAUCCAGCUGUAGUAGCUGACGACAUGAUAGAUGCAGUAACUGACUUUGCAAGAAGUAACUUUGCUCCAUCUGUGAAAACUAUUAAAGUUGUCAUCUUUCAGCCACAUCUGCUGAGUGUGUUCCAUGCAAGCAUGCAGAAAAGAGCAAGUCCUGCUAAAACAGCAGCCAAAUUACUGCUUUCCAAGAUAAAGUCAUUCUGGAGCUCUGAGAAAUGUUCCCCAAAGGAAAAAGCCAAAGCAGUUUUGGAAAAGAAAAUCGACCUGGCUGUUGUGCAGAUUUGUGGUGAAAACAAAAAGAAAGUGGAAGAAGCUGAAAACUGGUUGAGAAGUGCAAUUUUAAAGGAACAGUUUCAAACAGAAAUCACAGAUGAGUCUAUCUUUCAUUUCGGUGAAGCAGAGAGUGAGGAGCUGCAUAACCUACAAAAGAAAUUAAAAAUUGCGCUUCAUUUGGAUAGUACCACUAUUCGCAUUUCAGGUGUUGAGAAAGAUGUCUGGAUUGCUUAUUCAACUGUUCAAGAAAUGAUCCACAAGGUAAAAGCUGCUAAACAGGAAGAGAUCAGGGCAGAACUUUUACAAAACUUAAUUGAGUGGAAAUAUUUUGAAAAGGAUUCCUAUGUGCCCUUUGACAGUCUCACAAAUAUGUACUUGGAAGAUGCUUUCAUGGGAAAGCAGAAAGAUAUUUCCGUCGUCAUUGAUGAGAAAAAAUACGCAGUGAAUACAGAAGCUAGAUACGCUGUGGAUGACCAAGGAAAACGUACCCCUAUUAUACGUGUUGAUAAAUCUGAAGAUCAAGAGUCAACAGUACUCCCUGCAACGUGGGACGAUAUGCAAAACCAGCGACUCAAAAUAGUGGAAUUGAAACGAGAAACAAGAGAAUAUAAAGAUGUGCAGGAAAGGUUUCUGAAGACCUGUCAGUCAUUAAAAAUUGAAAAGAUUGAAAGGGUACAGAACCCAUUUUUUUGGAAGGCCUACCAAAUAAAAAAGCGUGAAAUGGAUAACAAAAAUGGCAACAGAAAUAAUGAGAGGCUUCUGUUUCAUGGGACGAGUAAGGAGUCAUUAACCUUAAUUAACAACCGUGGAUUUAACCGGAGCUAUGCUGGAAUGCACGCUGCAAACUUUGGAAAUGGAACGUACUUUGCUGUUAACGCCAGCUAUUCUGCCAGUGACACCUACUCUAAACCGGAUGCGGAUGGAAAGAAGUACAUGUACUUGGCUCGAGUCCUUGUUGGAGAAUAUUCUCGGGGGAUAAGAGGAUCGAUUACCCCAGCAGCAAAAAACGCUAGUAACUCUAUAGAUCUGUUUGAUAGUUCAACUGAUAAUGUGAACCAGCCCUCCAUGUUCAUCAUAUUUAAUGACAUUCAAGCUUACCCAGAAUACCUUAUCACUUUCACUAGAUAAGCAUUUUGAUUGCAGCCAAGAUUGCAUAUCUUUCAGUCUCUGUGUAGGACAGAAACACUUAUAACAAAAUAUACAAUGAAAACAAUAAAUACCAAAUUAAUUUCUCAAAGCUUGGUUACAUUUAAGCGACCUCUGGCAAUUUUUGGUAGCACUGAAAUAGACUGCUUGUUUACACUCAGAGUAGCUGAGCAUGUUUAACACUUGAGCUCAAUAUUCUACUGAAAACUGGUUAGAUUACGUAUCAGGCCUUUAUACCAUUUUAGCCUUUCCAUGCAGCCUUAUGGCCAUCCUAGUUGCACUAGGAAGUGGGGAGUGCUGGCACGGGAUUGGAAGGGAUCUUCUCUCAGCCGCUGACUGCUCGAUGUUGCAUUUCUGAUGGCUUCUUACACUCUGUAAAUGACAGUCUGCAUCAUGAAUUAUGAUACAGGGGUUUUCAGUAAACAAACUAAUUGUA